GGGGAUCGCAUUUCUAUUCUUCUGCCCACUCUCGUUGGUUGAUUAUCCUUACACCGCUUGCGGAGUUGAGCGUCGCCAUUGUCGUCCGCAAUGACAGAACAACUCGUUUCGUUCACGCCUCUGGUCGCCCCAAUAUCCCCUGUCUCUAACGAACAGGUGUUUAACGACUUGCAAUGGAAAACACUCUUAUCUUUGGCUGAUACUGUCAUCCCGUCUGUGCGUGGCCCCCGGGCCCGCAAAUCGCGCGCUACCAAGGUUGUACCACAGGCGAAGCUAGACGCUGCGCUCGAGACUUUAAGGGCCUCCAUCCGCGGCCCCGACGCAGAUACCCUUGUAACACAGUACUUGGAGGAAAAUUUAACCUCCAUCCCGGAGGUUCGCCAAGCAUUGCAGCGGCUCUUCACUCAGCAUGUGCACAAGGAAGGACGAAAUGGACUGAGUAUGAUCCUCAGUGCUUUGAAUACGAAAGCCGGCUCUUUGCUACUUACGGGCUCGAUGAUCCCUAUUCAGGACCAACCCUUCUAUGUCCGAGAGCAGAUUUUCCAGGGCUGGAGUGACUCGCGCUUGCCACCGGUGCGCGCCGUCUAUCGCGCCCUCACUGCGAUCUUUAAGAAGGUGUGGGUUACGUUCAGUCCUAGCCUUUAUCCGACGCUUGGAGUUCCCCAUGUUCCCAUCUAUGGAACCCCGCAAAAUGGCUUCCAAUUCGAGUUUUUGCAAUUCCCCCCAGGGCAGAAACCAGAGAUGAUCGAAACAGAUGUGCUCAUCAUCGGAAGCGGCUGUGGUGGCAGCGUCGCCGCCAAAAACCUUGCAGAAGCCGGCAAGAGGGUCAUUGUAGUGGACAAGGGCUAUUCAUUCACAAACCAGCAUUUCCCCAUGAAGCCCAAUGAAGGUUUCAACAAUCUGUUCGAGUCUGCUGGUGCCGUCAUGAACGAUGAGAGUUCGAUGGCCGUUCUCUUUGGCUCUACCUGGGGUGGUGGUGGUACCGUCAACUGGUCCGCCUCGCUUCAGACUCAAGCUUAUGUUCGCCGUGAAUGGGCCAAGCGAGGCCUCCCGUUCUUUACCUCCUUGGAGUUUCAAAAUAGCUUGGAUCGCGUCUGUGACAGGAUGGGCGUCAGCGCCGACCAUAUCAACCACAACAAGUCCAACCGCAUGAUCCUUGAGGGAUCUCGAAAGCUAGGUUAUUCAGCCAAGCCGGUGCCGCAGAACACCGGUGGCACUACGCACUACUGUGGACACUGCACAUUGGGCUGCCAUACCGGUGGCAAGAAGGGCCCAAUCGAAACUUAUCUAGUAGAUGCUGCGAACGCGGGGGCGACAUUCAUUGAAGGAUUCGAUGUCGAGCGAGUCCUCUUUUCCAAGAAGAAGGCCGGGAAAGUCGCUACUGGUGUUCUCGGUACAUGGGUUUCCCGCGAUGCACACUUUGGUGUCUCUGGUCUUGGCGCCGUCAAGCGCAAGAUUAUUGUCAGAGCGAAGAAAGUCAUUGUCUCUGGUGGAUCACUGCAUAGCCCGCUCUUGCUCAUACGGAGUGGCAUCAAGAACUCGAAUAUUGGUCGUAACCUGUAUCUGCACCCUGUUGCCGUUGCGCAUGCCGUCUUCGACGAGGAGAUUCGCCCAUGGGAGGGGGCUUGUUUGACCGCGGCUGUCAACGAGUUUGAGGACAUUGACGGUCACGGCCAUGGAUUCAAGCUCGAGGCCUUGUCCAUGCUUCCCGCAGCGAUUCUUCCCAUAUUUACCUGGAGGGAUGGUCUGGACUACAAGCUUCAGGUCGCCAAGUUGCCUCGCUCAGCUGGCUUUAUCACGCUCGUCAGAGACCGAGACCCUGGACGUGUAUACCCCGACCCGAACGACGGCCGAGUGCGAAUUGACUAUGACGUUUCCGGAUUUGACCGUAAUCACAUGGUUGAGGGGUUAGUCGCUACCGCCAAGAUUUCUUAUAUUUCAGGAGCCAGAGAGAUUCACACAUCAUACCGGGACAUGCCGCCAUUCAUUCGACCAGCCGAAGACAAGGGUGGCUCUCCCCUGGGAAUCAACGAUCCAGUGUUCCAGGCGUGGAUUGAGGAACUUCGUCGCAAGGCACCGAAGACGUCGGACCGGGUCAUGUGGGCAAGCGCGCACCAGAUGGGAAGUUGCCGGAUGGGUACAUCACCACGUCACAGCGUUGUCGAUCCAGAUGGUCAGGUUUGGGGCACCAAGGGCCUAUAUGUGAUUGAUGCAUCGAUCUUCCCCAGCGCCAGCGGUGUCAAUCCCAUGAUUACCAACAUGGCCAUUGCGGACCACCUGAGUCGAAAGAUCGCCAAGUCGAUGGAGUUUCAAAGCGCACAUCUAUGA